AUGGUCCGGCCAUUCGUACGUUGCACACUAUGGAAUAGGACAUGUGCUUUUUCUGGAGAGCCUUUAGCUGAGUUGACUGUGGACAGGAAAUGGGCCUCUAUUAAGCACGACAAGGCCAAAAACGACGCCGGAAAAAGCAGGCAGCGAGCCGUUCUCACCAAGGACAUCUGCAAUGCAGUUAAAUUGGCAGGUCCAGACUCAAACAUGAACCCUCGACUUGCACUUGCCAUCUCCACUGCCAAGAAAAACCAGGUUCCUAAAAGCAGCAUUGAGGCUGCAAUUGCGCGCGGCCAAGGCCUUUCAGCUACUGGCGCCGCCUUGGAAUCUGUGACCCUGGAAGCCAUACUACCAUCGUCGGUUGCGACCGUCAUCGAGUGUCAGACGGACAACAAACUCCGAGCCCUCGCUGAGUUGCGCCUCCUCAUAAAGGAGGCCGGAGGAACUGUGUCGCCAAUUGGCUAUCUGUUCGAGAAGAAAGGACGCAUAAUAUUCCAAAAGAAAGAGGGCAUUGGUGCUGAUGAAAUGCUGGAGCCAGCACUGGAAGCUGGCGCGCUGGAUGUAGUUGAAGAUGACCAGGGAAGGGUCAUACUGUUUACCGAGCCUGCCCGGACUAUGACAACGGCCGAGUCACUCGCAAAAACGCUCGACAUGGAAAUUGAGGAGAGUGACAUCAUCUGGGACCCGAACGAAGACACAAAAGUGGCUUUGGACGACGAAGAGGCGGCGCAGAAGUUUAAUGGUUUUUUGGAUGAGCUGCAGGAAGUGACAGGUAUCCAAGGAAUAUACACAAACUGGUCAAAGGGAACCGUGUCUGAUGACGUGUGGGCGGAUCUCCAGAGUAAAGUAGCCGUGUAG